AGGGACAGAGCAGACAGUGACACUCACUGGGCAGGCCUUUCGCGGGUGUGGGGCCCAUGGCGGCUGGAUCUCCUGCAACGUAGGGACAUGAAGACACCCAGGACAUGGCAUUCGGGGGUACUGGUAGAGCUGUUUCUUCUCUGGGUCGCACUGGCUUGUCUCAGUUUGCCUGGUUCCAGAGGUGAACGAUCACAUUCACUUGGGUCAAAGGCAAUCAAUGAGAGCCUUGCCAAGAGCAGACAGGCACGCAGUGUGGAUGGCACCUUGAUGCCCAUUGACUGCAAACUGUCCAGCUGGUCCUCCUGGACCCCUUGUGAUCCCUGCCAGAAGAAAAGGUACAGGCACACCUACUUGCUCCGGCCAUCUCAGUUCUAUGGGGAACCAUGCGACUCUUCUGACAAGGAAGCAGAAGACUGCGUUACCAGCCGACCGUGCCGAAGUCAAGUGCGAUGUGAAGGCUUUGUGUGUGCACAGACAGGGCGGUGCAUAAACCGCAGACUUCUUUGCAACGGGGACAAUGACUGUGGAGACCAAUCCGAUGAGGCAAACUGUAGAAGAAUUUACCAAAAAUGUCAGCAGGAAAUGGACCGAUACUGGGCGAUUGACACAUUGGCCAGUGGGUUAAAUUUAUUUACCAACAGCUUGGAAGGCCCAGUUCUAGAUCACAGAUAUUACGCUGGUGGGUGCUCCCCACACUACAUCCUCGACACGCGGUUUAGGAAGCCAUACAAUGUGGAAAGCUACACCCCAAAGACCCAAGGCAAAUAUGAAUUUGCACUAACAGAGUAUGAAUCGUACACAGAUUUUGAGCAUAAUGUCACACAGACAUCAACUGCUGUAUCCAGUUCCAGUUUUGGUUUUAAAAUACCUGGAUUAUUUGAACUGGGCUAUGACUUGACAACUGCUAAAGGCAAACACUUUAUUAGCAGAAUCAAGAGAUUCACUCACACUAAAAGCACAUUUCUGCAUGCACGCGCUGACCUUGAAGUGGCACAUUACAAGCUGAAGCCCAGAAGCCUCAUGCUCCAUUACGAAUUCCUGCAGCGAGUCCAGCAGCUGCCCUUGGACUACAGCUACGGGGAGUACAGAGAUCUCUUGCGCGAUUUCGGGACCCAUUACAUCACAGAGGCUGUGCUUGGGGGCACGUACGAAUACACACUCGUCAUGAACCAGGAGGCCCUGGAAAGAGCAGAUUUCUCUCUUGAUGAUGUCCAGAAGUGUGCCAAGCAUGGUUUUAAACUUCAAAUACCCAUCAAGGUGGUGUCCGUCAAGGUGGGCGUGUCCGUGGGCCUGUGCGAUGCCAUUCGGAAGGAAAUCGAAGAUCGAAACAAGAGAAAGACUGUGGUGGAUGAUUUGGUGGUCCGUGUACGAGGAGGGGCAAGUGAACACAUCACCACCUUGGCAUACAAGGAUUUGCCGACAGCAGAACUGAUGCAGGAGUGGGGUGAUGCGGUGCAGUACAACCCGAGCGCCAUCAAAGUCAAGGCAGAGCCUCUCUAUGAACUGGUGACAGCCGCCGACUUUGCGUAUUCCAGCACAGUCAAGCGGAACAUGAAGCAGGCCCUGGAAGAGUUCCAGAAGGAAGUCGGCUCCUGCCAGUGUGCUCCCUGCCGAGGGAACGGAGCCCCUGUCCUGAAAGGAUCACGCUGUGACUGCAUCUGUCCCGUUGGAUUCAAAGGCCCAGCCUGUGAGGUCACCUCGCGGAACAAUGUUCCCGUUGAUGGCAAGUGGAAUUGCUGGUCAGAAUGGUCUUCCUGCUCUGGGGGACAGAAGACAAGACAAAGGCAGUGCAACAACCCACCUCCUCACAAUGGGGGCAGCCCCUGCUUGGGCCCUGAUUCCGAAAGGCUGGCGUGUUAGGAAACAGUGAGCUCCCAGCAGACAACGGAGCGGCAGGCUGCGCAAGGGGAGCAUCCUGAGCAUGUGCCAGCAGGGCCCCUGCUCACACCCCCACCAGCUCCCAAGGGAAGAAAGAGAGGUCACUCAGGAUGUUUCAAAUAAAGAUGUUAAUUUGGAAAAUGCACGUUGAUUUAAAUAAAUAGUAAGUUAAAAAAGAUAAGCUCCUUCAUGGGCUUAAGUAUCCUGGUAA